AGCCGCCUGACUUGCAGGAGGAGGGACAGGAAAAUGCCUUUCUCAGUGGGAGACAUCAGCCCUGUGAUCUCAUGAAUAUAUUAUAGCGGGUCAUUGUGCAAUGAGGGAGGUGUACAGAGCUGCCAGGUUAUGGCCUGCUCAAGCACAGACUGCAACAAGCGCAUUUAAAUCUAAUUAACUCGCCUGGUUUUCUUAGUUAACCCUCAUAAUAAGUUAAAUUGUGUUCUAUACGCCGACGCUUGCAAUAAAUAAGCCUGUAAAUCUAACGUGUUAAAUGCUGCAUUUGCUCCUCAUGUGUCUGGGAUGUGAAAAUAAGAGAGAAAACGGGAUAAAAGAUCCUAUUAAUGGUCAAACUCCGCUCGAUAACACGGUCAUCAAGCAGCCUCGUCUUCUCGUUAGCCCGACUGCGACACUAGCGAGCUAAUGUCGCUAAGCUAACUUAACUGUCUACAAUCAAGCGGCUCCAUCGUCUGGCAGCGGGGAAAAAGGGCUGCCACUUGAGGACAGUGGGGGCUCUCUAAUGAUCCCCCCGUUCAUCCGAUGAACCCCCUCAACUCCAUGAAACCCUCCCUGCCUCCCACGCCACAAAGCAGCGACAGCCCCUUCCUAAAUGACCCAGUCUCCUGGCAACCAGGCACCAAUCAGCACCCAGGAUCUCUCUCUGUAGUAACCACAGUGUGGGGCGUGACCAAUCCCACACACAGCCAGGUGUUCGGUGCACCCAUGGGUCCAGGUGAGAGCUCUGGCAGUCACAUGAUGCCCGGCGGCAGCCCCGGGAUGGGCGCCGGCAUGGGCUCCCAGUUCAUGGGCCAACAGUCGUAUGGAGACGCCGUGUCUAAAGGCUACGGACAUCCGGUCAUGUACGGACGUCCCAGCGCCGCCUACAACCCCCCCUCAGCCUACGGUGGAAGUUACUCUGGUAACAGCGGAGGCGCCGGUCUCGGCGUUCGUCCUCCCUCAGACUUUACUCAGGCCGCUGCUGCCGCUGUUGCCGCCGCCGCUGCCACAGCAACUGCCACUGCCACGGCAACUGUUGCAGCAAUACAGGAGAAGCAGAACCAGGAGCUGAGCUAUGGGCAGAUGGGUGGAGCAUCCUCUUACAGCACCCAGUUCCUGUCUCACUCGGGGCCCCGUGGCCCUCCGGGGAUGAACCCUGGUGGGAUGGUCCCUUCCAGACCUGGACCUCCACCCUCCGCCGGGAGCCUGUAUCCCUCUCACCCCGCACAGACGCAGAAGAUGGGGCAGCACGGGGGCUACCCCGGAGGACAGCAGGGGCUCAAACGGCCUUUUCAUUCAGAGGGUUUCCCGGUGCAGCAGUACGGCUCUGGCGGGAUGUCGGGGUACCCGAACCAGCCUCUGCAGUACCCCCCCGGUCCACAGCAGAGAUGUGCCCCCUCGCCCUCUUACCCCUCCAGCCGGAUGCCCCUCAUGGGACAGUACACAUCUGGAUCACACAACCCAGGGCAGUUCCCUCCUGGAGCAGGCCAGCCCAACCCUCCACAGUAUUAUAAAUCAGAGCCUUUCAACAGUCAGGGCAGCCUGCCAUCAGGAGGAGCAGGAGGAUACAAUGCCUUCACACAGGCGGCAGUCAACGGGCCAGGUCGGGGCGGAGUGAUGCCCGGGUAUCCCACCUCGCCGAUGGGAGGGAAUCCCACCCCUCCGAUGACACCUGGCACCUCCAUGCCUCCCUACCUGUCCCCAGGCCAGGACACAAAACCCCCCUACCUUCCACCAGACACCAAGCCCAACAUCAACGCCCAGCAGGCCUCCACAGGAAACCCCAGUGACGACCUGCGCCUGACGUUCCCUGUACGAGACGGCGUCGUGUUAGAGCCGUUCAGACUGGAGCACAACCUGGCCGUCAGUAACCACGCCUUCCAGCUCCGAGACUCCGUCUAUAAAACACUCAUGAUGAGGCCGGACCUGGAGCUGCAGUUUAAGUGUUACCACCAUGAGGACAGACAGAUGAACACUAACUGGCCUGCGUCUGUACAAGUGAGUGUCAAUGCGACUCCUCUGUGCAUUGAAAGAGGGGACAAUAAAACCUCCCACAAGCCCCUGUACCUGAAGCAGGUGUGUCAGCCGGGACGCAACACUGUACAGAUCACCGUCACAGCCUGCUGUUGCUCCCACCUGUUCGUGUUGCAGCUGGUCCACCGGCCGUCUGUCAGGUCCGUCCUGCAGGGCUUGAUGAAGAAGAGGCUGCUGCCGGCCGAGCACUGCAUCACCAAGAUCAAGAGAAAUUUCAGCAGUGGCACCAUCCCCGGGACUCCCGGCCUGAACGGCGAGGACGGCGUGGAGCAGACGGCGAUCAAAGUCUCUCUCAAAUGCCCGAUCACGUUCAGACGAAUCCAGCUGCCAGCCAGAGGUCACGACUGCAGGCACAUACAGUGUUUUGACCUGGAGUCCUAUCUGCAACUUAAUUGUGAAAGAGGGACGUGGAGAUGUCCUGUGUGCAAUAAAACAGCUUUGCUGGAGGGGCUGGAGGUCGAUCAGUACAUGCUCGGUAUUCUCGUCUACAUCCAGAAUUCUGACUACGAGGAGAUCACCAUAGACCCGGUGUGUGGGUGGAGGCCGGUGCCCGUCAAACCGGACCUGCACAUAAAGGAGGAGCCCGACGGUCCGGUCCUGAAACGCUGCCGCACCGUCAGCCCGAGUCACAUGGUCCUGCCCAACGUCAUGGAGAUGAUCGCUGCCCUGGGCCCGGCGUCCUCGCCCUACCAGAGUCUGACGGCAGGAGGCAGGAACACCCCCGACUACAACAGACCAGGGAGUCAGGGAUUCUCCAGCCAAACGGGAUUCACAGACUUCCCCAACACCCCCGGCACCCCGACACUAGGAGAGUACGCCCCUGGACCUCCACCUCCGCUCCCCUAUCAGCCUGACCAGCCGCCUCACUCUGGACGGAUCGAACACUCCCAGAACAUCCUGCAGCAGCAGCACCAGCACGGUUCAGGCGUUCAUGGUAACCAGAGUCUUGGUGACGCCGGCAGUCCGCUGCCGCAGCGGAACUCCAAUACCCAGAACUCCCGGCUGCAGAGCGACGGCUCCUUCGGUCUGGGAGGCCCGGGAGCACCCGGAGGAGAGGGAGCCGAUCACGCACUAGAUCUUCUUCCCGAACUGACCAACCCGGACGAGCUGCUGUCCUACCUGGGCCCCCCCGACCUUCCCAGCAACAGCAGUGAUGACCUGCUGUCUCUGUUUGAGAACAACUGAUGACCCUCUGGGAUCAUCUUCCAGUCCAGCGUCUGCUUCUCUGUUUGCUGUAGCCCGGCCCACAUCGGUUGAAGACUGCACCGUCUCCGUUGGCACCCACUACUCGUAUUUGUGUGUGUGUGUGUGUGUGUAUUAAGGUGUGAGAGUGUGUAUGAUUGUGUUUUUGUGUGUCUUUGUCAUUUUGAAGUGUCCUGCUCUACUUUGAGAUUCUUUCAACACAGAGGAAACAGGAGGAAAACACUCCACAUGUGAAGACUAUAACAGUAGGCACUGACUGCAGACCAGCAUUUUAACUAUAGCACAAAUCACAGGCUGAAGGAUCUGUAUCUAUAGAUUAUAAUAAUUGAAGUGGAGGAUGAUGGAACCUGGCAUGUGUUUAUGAGGAGUUAGUGGACGCAUUAAUACAGUGGUUCCCAAACUUUUACUGUUUCAAACACCCAAACAUACGAGAGACUACGUCCAUAAGUAAAAACUGGAUCUGAUUUAAAUUUGGCAGCAAUCGCCUUUGAAACGCAGCGAUACACAGCUCCCAGUGCGUCAAGCGACAUCUGCAACUUGUGAUUCAUCUUAAUCACUUUGUCAAAACAGCAACCUUUCAGCUUGAAUUUAAUUUUGGAGAAGAGGAAGAAGUCACAAGGAGCCGAAUCGCGGGAGUAGGGCGGGUGGGGAGCGACGAAACUUAAUGGUGCACCCUCUGGUCCACAAUUCAGGUUGUUUGCUCUGGAUGUCCUCCGAACGAUGCAGUAGAACUCAGUGUUGACAGUCUGACCCCGGGGACAAAUUCACGUUGCACAACCCAGCGAAUAUUGAAGAAAACGACAAGCAUGACGCUCCCUCUUUGACCUUGGAGACUACAGGCUCUUUCUCUGUGACAACUGCUGUUUGGUAUUUCCUGCCAAGAGUUCUAUCUGUCCUCUACAGCCAGUCACUAGUUAGCUUAGCUUAGCAGAUAAACUGGGAAACAGCUAGCCAGGUUCUCUCGUUUCUUUUAAAUAGUAAUUCACAUUAGAGAUCUUCUUUAAGUUCUUUAGGUUCAUUACUCAACAGCCCUUCUUUCUGUGCUGUACUCUCACCUACCUGAUAAAAAUCCCCAGUUUGGGAACCACUGCACUAAAGGAUGAGGCUUAUGAUAUUCUGUGUUUUUAUUAUUGUCAACAAAUUGCAUGACAAGACUAAAAUCAACAACAACAACACUUCCUGACUCUGCAAGCCUGUUGGUUCCUUCUGAAGAUGUAAAUCUUCAAAAACAACUCACAAAUAUUUAGUUUCUUUUAAAGGCUCAGUAAACAACUAGUAACUGUAAUUUUUAUCAAAGAGGUGGAAAUAGUGCAUUGGUUGAGGACUAUUUUCAGCAGUGGAUUAAUCCACAUUUGGUGCUCCAAUGAGUAUUUGGGGCAAAACUAGUGUAGUCCUCAUUCAGUUGUUACUGCUGGAGUUGGCUGCUCUGCUCCAAUAGUGUCUGAAUGACGGCGGGUUGAUGCUGUAAAUUCUCCAGGUGCUACACUGCCCUAAUAGUGUAGUUCCAACUUUUUGCUCAUGUCAAGAAACACGUAGAAAUACAAUGUUUGAAGAUUUCUCGAGAACCGCUCCUCCACAAAACUUCACAGUUGACACAGCACUUACUCGGGUCCUGAGUAAUACACCCACCAAGUUUGACUGCAAUCAGAUGAGCGGUUGUCGAGAAAAUCGAAAGACAGACAGACAGAGACUCCUCCAUUUAUAGCUUGGUAAGACAUAUCUAGAAUGUCACCAGGUUUAUCCUCUAAUACAUAAUAAUGAUGUAGGAUAAGGGCAGUAAAAGACUGAUGAAGGAAUACAAAAGAUUUAAGUGAGAUCUGCUCCUCACAUAGUAAACAGACACGAUAAAGCCUUGAAGGAAAUUCCGCUGUUUACGUCAAGUAACGUAGAAAAGUGAUGUUGGAGGAUUUCUCGAGAACCGCUCCUCCACAAAACUUCACAGUCAGCACAGCACUUACUCGGGACCUGAGCAACACACCCGCUAAAUUUCACUUUGAUUGGAUGAAUAGUUGUCGAGAAAAUUGAAAGACAGACAGAGAUUCCUCCAUUUAUUGUUCGAUAAGACAAAUCUAGAAUAUCACCAGAUUUAUCCUUUAAUAUGUAAUACUGAUGUAGGAUAAGGGCAGUAAAAAGACAGAUGAAGGAAUUUAAAAAAAGAUCCAAGUGAGUCCUCUGCCUCACACAGGAAACAAAAAGCAAGCCCAGCCUUUAAAGGCCAGGCCUAGAUGUAUAAUAGACAUUUUUAAAACAUGAAGUUGGGAGAACGCUGAGGUUCAUUGUGUCUCCGACAUCCUUCAGCACUGUGAAAUAUAUACAAACUCCCACGUUCUCCUCCGUUGAUUUUAGCCUCUUUUGGGAGGGGGUUGUGGGUUUCAAGCAUACUGUAAAUGCUGUGUUGUCGUGGCAUUUUCUGCCAUUCGGAAGAUAUUUGUAUGUUUUUAAAUCGUUUGACAUGUAUAACCCAUCACCACGCGGGUUUAUGUACUGUAUAAUCAGCUGUUUUCAUUAGAGAACGUGUGUGUACCAAAUGAACUGUUAAUCAUGGUAAUUUUAAUGUUAUUAGUUGGAUAAUGGAUCAUUGUUGGCACUGUAUACAUACUGUAUGUUAGAAAAUUAUAAACCAAUUGUAAAAAUUUGAGGUCAUACAUACAUACAUGACGCAUGUAUGAGAGAAAUCAGACAGUCAGCUGAGUAAUGCAGUUAAAGUUUGAAAUUAUUCUUACUACCACUUUUUAAAAGCUGACGUUUUUUUCUAUGGAUGAUUUUCCGACUGAACUCUUCGCGGUCCGACAUUGCCUCGACAAGGCAACGACAAAUAAUGUUAUUUGCCAAUUUGAGCAACACAAUAAUGUUAUAUUUGGAAAUUAUAGACUAUUUAACUGCAAAUUUCUAGAAAAAAAGUUUUUUUAAUAUGUAAACUAUUCCACAUAUUUUGUAACACAUUGUAAUUGCCAUUAUUUUCUAUUUAUUUUUUAAUCAUAAUCAUCAUUGUACCGACAGUUAAGUUGUCCCUUUCCUGGAAGUUAAAAUCAGAAUUAAAAAUCACUUUAUUUGACAAAAA